GGCCCAGUCCCUCCCUCCGCCUGGCGGGGACCCUGGGCCCGCGGCCCGCACGGAGGCGGGCGGGGAGCAGCUGUUUUCGGGAAGGGAGUCACGUGAGUUCUCUGGGAACUGUGGCUGGAGACCGAAAGCUGCCGUGAGGCAGGGUCGGAGUUAACCCUCCCGGGGCAGCGCGCCCGAGCAGGUGAGAGAGUGAAUUCCUAAGAAGAAAAUAAUGUAUUGCUUAGUACUUGUUCUCUAAUUGUUCGGACUCAGAAGUGUGCAAGUUUGUUACAAACGCCAAAAGAAGAUGGCAACUCCUUACGUUCCAGUUCCUAUGCCCCUAGGGAACUCUGCUUCCAGUUUUGCAACCAACAGAAACCAAAGAAGUUCUUCUUUUGGGAGUAUCUCAACAAGCUCAAACUCUUCCAAAAGCCAGUUAGAAGAUUCAAAUAUGGGUAAUUUUAAACAGACCAGUGUAUCUGACCAAAUGGAAAGCACUUCAUCUGUCUGUAGCAGUCCCCUCAUUAGGACUAAAUUUACAGGUGCAGAUUCUUCCAUUGAGUAUUCUGCUAGACCAAGAGAAAGUGAAGAACAAAGUCCUGAAACAGUGAAUUUGGAAGAUAGACCUUCUACACCUAUUAUCCUGGGUUAUGAGGUGAUGGAAGAAAGAGCUAAAUUUACUGUAUAUAAAAUAUUAGUAAAGAAGACCCCAGAAGAAAGCUGGGUAGUUUUUAGAAGAUACACUGACUUCUCUAGGCUUAAUGAUAAAUUAAAAGAGAUGUUUCCAGGCUUUCGAUUAGCCCUUCCACCAAAACGCUGGUUUAGAGAUAAUUACAAUGCCGACUUUUUAGAAGAUAGGCAAUUAGGAUUACAAGCGUUUCUUCAGAAUUUAGUAGCUCACAAGGACAUUGCUAACUGCCUUGCAGUGAGAGACUUUCUUUGUCUGGAUGAUCCACCAGGUCCAUUUGAUAGCUUAGAAGAAAGCAGGGCUUUCUGUGAAACUUUAGAAGAGACAAACUACCGUUUUCAAAAAGAACUACUUGAAAAACAAAAAGAGUUGGAAUCACUGAAGAAGCUGCUCAGUGAGAAGCAGCUUCUUAUAGACGCUCUAGAAAACAGAGUCAGGACACUAUCUUUGAAACCUGAAAAAUCCCUGCUCACAUCAGGAACAGAAGCUAGACAGAUCCUAAAGGUGGAGCCCUCUGCGCUUGAGGUUGAUCAAGGUGUCCCGGAUGAAGAAUCUAGAGCUGAUAAUAAGCAAUACUCAAGUUUUAGUGAACCUAAAAAUUCCAUAUCAGACAUAGAAGUAGCAGAAGUGGCAUAUAAUGCAGAAGACUAAUGCAACUCCAGCGGUUCCUUCCAUUUUUACAUUCCUGUGAAUUUAGAAUAGAGUGACAAAUAUUUAAAAAGAAAAAAGAGACUGAAGCAUCGACAUUAAACAGCCAGAUUGCACAUGUAUAAAGUUUACAUAAAGGAAAAUUUAAGUUAUUGGUGUAGGAAAUAUAUUCACUGUUGCUUUAAAUUGUCUUUUAGACAAACUUUGUAUUUAAUACACUAAAAAAAAUCUAGUUAAGACUUCUGUCAUCAAGGCCCACAUGCUUAAAUACUGUACAUAAAUUAUUUUGGUACUUUGCCAAUAUAUUGAUCCAGACUAACAUGGGUGAGCACACUUUGUGUGUAUGUGUUUAAAUCACCAGUUGUAUUAGUUAAGUGGACAUAAAUUGCAUGUUGCUAUCUGUUGAAUAUAUACUUCCUUGUGUCUCUGACCUGAUAUAUUUUUAUUAAUGGUUUAUUUAAAUGAGUGGUAAAGAUGAGUUUUAAAUAUUGACAUGUUUAUCAUCUCUAAAUGAAAGUUGCUUAUUUGGAAUGUUACUAUUUACAAGAAGAAGAAAACUUUCUAAUACCAAAGCAAAACUCUGAAAGAGCUGUAAUAACAUAGCUAAAGUGAUAAAAUAGCUUUGAUUUGAAAAGCAAAUUCAUUAAUAUCCAAAUACUAUAAUAAGUGUACCAGUGUAUUAUAUGUUACACUUAUUUAUUUUCCAUGUAAUCUUUAUCUUAAACCUCUACCUAUAGAAUUAAUGGGUUUGCCUUUUUCAGAACACUACCUCUUUUAGCUAAUCAGGGCAUACUCUUUUGAAAACACAGAUUCUAAGCAAAUAGGCAGUUAUACAGAAAAAUAAAAGAGAAAAAGCCAUAUAUCCUGCAGAGUUCCUAUAUCAACUCCUGGCUUUGCGUUUUUAUUUCUGUAUAUGUAAACAUGUUGCUAUAAUGUAUUGAUGCUGAUUUUCUUAAUAUAUUUAGCUAAGUGAUGCACUUUAUGAUCAUUAAACUCCUUUGUGCCAAGUUUAA